UGGAAAUGCAUGAAGUCUUGGUUCUGCUUAUCCUGAUAGAGGAGGGCUUCGCAUUGGCACAGAAAACUCAAGCUUUGCCUCAGAAUGUGGCUGUUGAGGAUAAGAAGCCUGCUCACUGUGGAACUUUGAUCCAGACUGCAAAUGGAGGAUCAUUCAGUUCCCCAAACUACCCCAACACCUACCCACCAAACAAGGAGUGUGUGUACAUACUGGAGGCCCAUCCACGGAAGAGAAUCCAGCUCGCCUUCGAUGACAUCUACUACAUCGAGCCGUCCUUCGAGUGCCGCUUUGAUAACAUUGAAAUCCGUGAUGGGCCGUUUGUUUUCUCUCCCUUGAUUAAUCGGUUCUGUGGGGCAAAGAGUCCAGGGAUUGUCACCUCCUCUGGACGCUUCAUGUGGAUCAGAUUUAUUAGUGACGAGGAGCUGGAAGGCAUGGGUUUCAGGGUGGAGUAUUCAUAUACUGCAGAUCCAGAUUUUCAUCUCCAUGUUGGAGGACUCUUGAAUCCCAUUCCAGACUGUCAGUUUGAAAUGUCUGGAUCAGAUGGUAUAAUCAAAUCUAGUCAAGUUGACGAGCAAAACAAGGUGAAAUCAGGGGAAGCAUUGGAUUGUAUUUGGACCAUACGAGCUCCACCGAUGUCUAAGAUCUAUCUCCGCUUUCUGGAGUAUCAGCUGGAGAACUCAAAUGAGUGUAAGAAAAACUUUGUUGCGAUCUAUGAAGGCAGUAAUGCCAUUGAAGAUCUAAAGGCCAAGUUCUGCAGCACUGUUGCCAAUGACAUCACACUUGACAAUUCCGUGGGUGUUGUUCGAUUGUGGGCCGACGAGAACAGCAAGCUGAGUCGGUUCCGUAUGCUCUUUACGGUCUUUGCUGAACCUCCGUGUUCGGCCAAUGCAUUUUUCUGUCACAGCAACAUGUGCAUCAACAAUACUCUGGUCUGUAAUGGUGUUCAGAACUGUGUGUUUCCCUGGGAUGAGAAAAAUUGCAAAGAAAAGAAGUCUAAAAGUUUUUUCCAGCAUAUGAGUAAAACUCAUUGCACUGUGAUUGGAGUGGCCACUGGUAUUGUUUUUCUUCUUCUCAUCAUAUCUGUAUUUAUACAGAUGAAGCAGCCGAGAAAGAAGGUUUUGAGCCGUAAAGGUUUAUUCAGCACUGCAGAGAUGCAGGAGGUGCUGGAGCCGCCUCAGUAUGAGCUGUUCUCCAUGCGGGAAGCUGAGCUGCCGGACGAGCUGUCGGAGGAGCUGGAGGGUCUGCAGAAACUCCGGCGGUCCUCCAGCGUGUCCCGCUGCGUCCACGAGCAUCACUGUGGAGCUCAGAGCAACGCUGCCACCAUUAUUAUGGCAACCAGACCUCAUCAUCUCUCGCAGGGCUCUGAGGAGCUGAGUACGGUUGUCGGGGCCAGAGGCUGGGGCAGUUUCCAUGGACGCAGGAGCAGCUCGCGCUCGCACCCUUUCACGCACGAUCCGCACUCACACGCUUACAGCGCACAGAGUCUGCACGAGGCACUUGAAGAUGAAGAUCUCGGGCUUGAGGGACGUGUGAUGGAAGAAAUCGGCUACAAUGAUGUUUUCGCACGUGGACGCAAUGUCGUGAUGGUACGUAACCCUGUCCAGCAGCGUUCUCUCUCUAUGGACUUCUGAGUGGAGGGUCAGAAUCAGCUGACGCUUUUUACAUCCUGUUUAAAAAUACAAUAAUAUAAUUCAUACAGGGGCGGAGCUAGGGGGGUGUGGCCACCAUU